AUGUCCGAUCGUAAUUACAGAGUUGUAGAUGCAGAUCCAGAGUGGGUGGAGAGAAAUAGGCAAACGUAUGAGCAACACGGCAAAAGAAUAGACAUACAGACUAAGGAUGCUGGAGACUUCAAUCGAGCAGGCGAACCAGCUGCGUACUUUGCUUACAAUGUUGAGUAUGCCAAACAAUGUGCGAGAGGUCCAGAUCACACUAUUGUAAAACAGACUGUCCCUGUAGAGUUUUGCAGAAGCCCAAACGCAUACGUAUAUGAUGCGAAACCGGAUAAGCAGUGGCAGCGAAGAGUCCAUUGUGAUCGUCGUAGCGAAAAGCCGUCAAGACGGGACAAGAAAGAGCACAAAUAUGAAGUGACCUCGGGACCAAUUGCAACAUGCCACAACAAAGCGUUUGGAAGAAGUGAGGAAAUGAUGCCAAUGGAAAAGUACAAGCCAGCUGAGGACACCAACGGUAACUAUUACCAACAGGUCUGUUUUAAGGGAGAAGCAUUGGAGCAGAUCGGGAAGUAUCCUCGCGAGAUUUACCGUGGAGAGCCUGCGCCUGUUCGUAGAGAAGCGCCUCGUUAUGAAGAUCGAGAACGAUCUCGGUAUGAUGAUCGGGAACGGUCUCAGUACGAUGAUCGCGAGAGGCGCGAGUAUGGUACUCGGGUGUAUGGAAACCCAAACAGCUCUUCAUCAAGGGGAUGA